AUGAAGCGGGGGACCAAGCGUAAACUGACCAGUGACAAUCAUCAUCGUCAUCAUUCUACUACGGCUGUAACAACAACAACAGCUGAUCCUGGCCGGAUGUGUCGUCGUUUCAUACAUCAAGGGCAAUUGUAUGAUACGAUUUAUGAUGCACACAGAGCAGUUUGUCACGGAGAAGAAAAAAGAACUUAUUUUGAAGUAAGUAAAACUAUCGCUAACGUCACUCAACAAUCGGUGAAACUCUUUAUUUCACUCUGCCACAUAUGCAAUUUGAAACGACUUCCUCGACGAAAAAAAGGGGUAAUACGGCCCAUUGUAUCUGCCAGUUUUGCGGAGCGAGGACAAAUGGACUUAAUAAAUAUGCAACAAGAAGGAGGAUGUGUGUAUAAAUAUAUUUUACAUUCUCAGGAUCAUUUAACAAAGUUUUCGGUUUUACGAGCUCUUCGCAGUAAACGGGCGAUUGAAGUGGCACGCCACUUACUCGAUAUAUUUGCUCUCUUGGGAGCCCCACGAAUUUUGCAGAGCGAUAACGGCCGUGAAUUUGUGGCCGAGGUCAUUCAAGAGCUUUCAAACGAAAUGUGGCCCAACAUGCUCCUCAUUAAUAGCAAACCUCGUCAUCCACAGAGCCAAGGGAGUAUUGAACGUGCGAAUGGGGAUGUAAUCAAAAUGCUUGACAGUUGGAUGUGUGAAAAUCAAACGCGAGAUUGGUCAGCUGGACUUCCCUUUGUGCAAUUCACCAAAAACACAGCAUAUUCACGUGGAAUUGGCAUAUCGCCUUACAAGGCAGUUUUUGGUAUAGAACCGCGAAUAGUUAUGAAGAUUCGUCUUUCGCCCUCAAUAUAUAGCCAAUUGUUCAAUAACUGUCACUAUGAUGACAAUGAAGAAGAAGAAGACAAAGAGGAUGAAGAAAAGAGGCAAAGAAGCAAAUGA